AUUGCAUGCGCCGUGGGGCAGCCGGACUGCCACGCCUUGCUAACUUUGCUGGGUGACCCGCAGGGCAGCAUCACCUUUUAUCGCUCUCUUCCCUUCCAGAUGCAACCACCGUUUUGUCCGGACGCGGAAGGGGCCACCCUGUACGUUUCGGAAACAAGGAAUUCUCAACCGGGUCUCGACGCUCCGCGGAGUGAGAGACGGAAAGGGGGAUGCUCCCCUAGCUGGGGGCCACCCCCUUCCCCGUGCCUGGUCCUUGUGCCGCUGGGUGAGGCUGGAAGUGGAAACAGGGAAGCAGCCAAGGUGGACGCCCCCCAAAAGCCACCCCCUGCCGCUUGCCCCGAGGCGAAGGAGAGAACGGGGCCCCGAGAGGCGCUGACCCAAAGCCCAGCGGAAGAAGAGAGGAGGCAGGGGACAUCGGCUCAGAUGCUGCAGACCCCCAAGUCCAUUUUGCUUACACCGGGGUGCAAGCAUGGUAGGGCAAGGAAGAAGAAAGAAGCCGGUCAUGUGACGUUCGUCUCCGACACGGAGGACCAUUUGAUCCCAGCGGACAGCCUGUCCGCGCAGCCUUUCCUGGGCUACGACUGGAUCGCAGGGCUGCUGGAGACGGACACCUCCCUGUCGGAAAAACCCGAGGAAUAUUUUGCCGAGCUGCAAAACUUCCGUCAGGUGAACAAGGAAGCUUGCAUCCACAACCACGGCUUCGAGUUGGAAGACGUGAAUUCUUUGGCCGUGGAUCAGGAGAUGGAAACAGACGCGGCUUCCCACCAAUGCGUCUUCUGCUAUCGGUUGAAUAAACGCCUUUUCACCGUGCCAACGGAUCCAGAAUCGGCCUGCCCUGUUUGCAAGACCCCUCGCGCUGAAAAGCCUCCAGAGACGCUGGUGGAACCCGCUUUCAUUAGAGUCAGCUUCCCAAGGGAUACCUUACUCCCCACAUAUAAGCACAAAAUCCACCGACGGAAAAGUUACGAAAUGGAGGACAAUUUGUCCCUGCCCUCGCACUGCCUGGCUGGUUGGGAGAACCCUGUCCAGGUUUCCACCCCUGUCGUCAGCAGCCUGGAUCUCCAUUCCUCCCUGGAUUCUCAGUUGAAACAUCAGAAUUCCGGCUCUAGGGUGGCAGGAGGGACGAGGACGGACAAACUGCUUGACCGAUCUCGGGCGGUGGAAUUCGAACUCGGCAGCGCCCCUUGGAAGCAGACUCACCGAAAGCCGCCACGCCACAAAGCCAUUUUCCAUUAAAACCCCAUCCAGUUUGUACUGACGGUGCUGGCCUCUGUUUGCUGGGAACGGGGGAGGCGGGAC